AUGUAUCGUCACAAGUCAAAGAAGUGGCUAAACUUUAUAACAGGCUCAGAAAAAUUUUAUUAUGAUGAGGAUGAAAUGGUUUUGGGUUCAAAUUUAAUCACCGAAAACACUUUUUCAAGACAAGCAUAUGUUAGUAAUGGAUAUAUUGGGUCGAGAAUUCCUAAUUUAGGCUUUGGCUAUUCGGAAGAUCAGUAUAACCCACAAAUAGAUAAAAAUAAAGAUCCAAGUGCUUUAAUAAAUGGUUGGCCUUUAAGGAAUAAAAGGUAUAGCGGAGCUUUUAUUUCCGAUUUUUAUUGUUUAACAGAGAAAUUGACUUCUACAAAUUUCCCGGAAUUAGAUGAGGAGGGAUAUACAAGUGUACUUUCUGCAAUACCACAAUGGACAGAUGUACAGAUAUCUUUGAACAGGAAUAUUGUAUUAUCUCCAGAAACCGUGAAUAUAGCAGAUAUAAAGAAUUAUGGACAGAAUCUAUCUAUGGCUCAUGGAAUGGUAACAACCGAAUUUGAGUGGUUAAACUUACUAAAAAUUAGAACUUCUGUAUUGGCACAUAAAAAAAAUUAUCCAAUCGGCCUAUUAAAGUUUGAAAUAAGUUUAGUUGACACUAAGGAUAGUGCCCUAUCGCCUGUUGCUCUUCAGUUUUCCAACAUUUUGAAUUUUUCUACUUCACACAGAACUAUUUUGAAGGAUUAUGGCUAUAAUUCUACCUCAGAUUCUAUCUAUAUGGUUGUUGAGCCCAAAAAUGUUCCCUAUUCGAAUGCAGCUAUUGUUUCUAUGCUGGCCUAUGACGAAAACAAUAUCUUUCCAAAAAAUAUUGACAUAAUAAGGACAAAUCAUUCUAUUGAGCAACUUUAUGACUUUCAGCUCACGCCUGGGGAAACUUUAACCAUUUAUAAAUACUCUGUUAUUCAUUCUACCGAAUUUACCGAAUCUUUAGAUAAUCUAGCCCUCUCUUUAUCACUGGUUCAAUCACUCAGCAAAGAGAAUAAAAAAAGUAAGGAGGAUCUGUACGAAGAAUUAGAACUCUCACAUGUCAACGCAUGGACUGAUUUAUACAAUACUGAAGCCUUUGUAGAAAUACCAUCAAACAGUUUAUUGGAAAUGACUGUUAGGUCUUCAAUUUAUCAUUUACUAGCCAACACCAGAAAAUACAACAUAUCGUCUGAUAGAGGAUUGCCUGUACCGGUUUCCGGUUUGAGUUCUGAUUCGUAUGGAGGUAUGGUCUUUUGGGAUGCUGAUCUUUGGAUGAUGCCAGGUAUUUUACCGUUUGCACCAGCCAUAGCCAAACACAUUGUAACUUACAGAAAUAGCACUCAGCAACAAGCUAGGUUGAAUGCCGCAAAAUAUAAUAUGUCAGGUGCACUGUAUCCAUGGACUUCGGCUAGAUUUGCCAAUUGUACAUCUACGGGACCUUGUGUGGAUUACGAAUAUCACAUUAACAUAGACAUAGUAUGGAGUGCAUUCAUCUUAUAUUUAAGUGGUGCUGGUGGAAGUGUAGAUGGAGGAUCUAAUGAUGAGGAAUAUUUGAAAUAUACGCUUUGGCCGAUGAUGAAAUCUGCAGCUGAUUUUUUUGAAUCUUUUGUGAAAUAUAAUGAAACUUUAGAUAAGUAUACUACACACAAUUUAACCGACCCGGAUGAGUUUUCGAAUUUUAUAGACAAUGGUGCUUUCACCAACGGUGGCAUUAAAUUAUUAAUGAAGUGGGUUACUGAUGUUGGUAACCAUUUAGAUGAAACAAUCAAUCCCAAGUGGUUGGAUAUUCAUGAUAAAAUGUAUAUUCCCACGCAAAACGGAAUAACUUUGGAAUACUCGGGCAUGAAUUCUACUACUGAAACAAAACAAAGUGAUGUAUUGCUACUAACGUACCCAUUAAGUUUUUAUCAGGAUAAUGAUUUAGACAAUGCAAUUAAUAAUUUAUAUUAUUAUUCCCAGCACCAGUCUGCAGAUGGACCAUCGAUGACAUAUCCGGUUUAUGCCGCUGCUGCCAACUAUUUGUUGAACCAUGGGUGUUCUUCUCAGGGGUAUCUAUACAAAUCCAUCAUACCAUAUUUGAGAUCUCCCUUUGCGCAAUUUAGCGAGCAAUCUAACGAUACAGCCGAAACUAGACCUGCAUUCCCAUUCUUGACAGCUAACGGUGGAUUCUUACAAAGUGUAGUAUUUGGAUUGACUGGUUUAAGAUAUUCUUAUGAAAUGGACGAUAAUUUGAAAAUUAAAAGGUAUUUGGAGUUCAAUCCGGUUAGCCUACCUCUUUUGCCCGGUGGAUUGGCUAUUAGGAAUUUCAAAUAUCUGAGAUCUGUAUUAGACAUAGAGCUUGUUGACAAUCUUGCAAUCAUUAAGCAUAAAUCAGGUGACAGUGACAUAUUGGUUAAAGUUCCUAAUAGAACUAUCAUUGAUGACCAAAAUAAUACCACCAAAUUCCCCAAUAAUUUUGAUUAUGUGGAGCAUAUAUUACCGCCACACAGUUUAUUAGAAAUACCAGCCUUUGAACCUUUGUUAAAUGUGGAGAAUAGUGUUUCUGAGUGUGCUUUUGUGGAGAAUUUGACGCCUGGUGUGUCUGGGGAUGUAUCGUUAUCAAUAUUGGAUGGCAACAAUUACACUCAUUGGCAACCGCUAAACAAACAAAGAGCAACUUUAUUAAUUGAUAUUGGAACGGGAAAUGCAAAAAUUUUGGAAAAAGCAUAUAUAUUGUGGGGUGAAAGACCAGCAGCCAAUAUCUCCAUUUCCAUCUUGCCACAUGGUUUAGAUAUAAAAAAGAUUCUGAAAGAGCAUGUCAGGCAAAAUAAUUCAAUAAUACAAGAUGAGUCUAUUGUUUUUGUUGAAACUGAUUUUGACGUUGAUUUUGAUAUUGAUUUUGAUAUUGAAUCUUUAAUGCUAUGGGAAGAUGUCCACCAGAAGGAACGCCCAAAUAAACUAAUUGAUUUGUUUAAACCUUUGGUUACUGAUUAUAAGAUUAAGCCCUCUGAGCCGGUGUUUGAAAAUAAUAACGAUGAAAUAAGGAUAAUUAAAGGUAAUGAGACUGAAAUUAUAUUUGACUACGAUAAUAUUGAUGACUAUGAGAACUAUAUGACAAGGUUUAUACUGGUUUCAGUGGAGGGCACUAUAGCUAAUGAUGAUGUUGAUGAUUAUGGAGCCACUAUCAGAGAAAUUGCGUUAAUUUAA